CUCGAAAUUGACGUCAAAAUACUGUUGGUGUCGACGAAUAAACAUGUUUUUCAACAAAUAGUAUGAAUAAUAUUCCUUUUCCCCAUGCUAAAUAAGAAAUAAGAAUAUUUAUUGGAAUUUUAACUCCCAAGCACAUUAAAAAUCUGAUAAAAAUUACAGCAAUGGACCUUACAAAAAUGUGUCGAAUUUGCCUUGAAUCUAACAAAACAGCAUACGAUAUUUACACCAGCUAUUACGCUAAAAGAAAUACCCUGUACUGUGAAAUGCUAUCUAACUGCACUAAGCUUAAGCCUACCAAAGAUGAUGGUCUGCCCAGCUCAAUCUGUAAGGAAUGCAGCCGUCAAUUGAAGCGAUCAUAUGCAUUCAAUCUGAAAUGCGAGGAGAGUGACAACAGGCUAAGAAACUAUUUAGAUAACAUAAAUGGUAUAAAAGAUGAUGAUAACAAAAAUAAAUUAAAUGAAGAAAUAUUAGAACUUAAAACUGAGGCAGAAGAAGUAAAAAACGAAGAUGAUGUGGACAUUAAAGAUGAGGUGGAUACAGUAUGCAAUGUAAUUAAUGAAAUCUUUGAGAGUACUGAAAAUGAUUUAAAGGAUGAUAUUAAACUUGAAGUGAACUGCAAUGAUUAUGACAAUGGCAAUGAGAGUGGAUGGGAUGCAGAUGAUGACAACAUGCUUUUGGGAGAUUUACAGCUGAAGAAGAAGGCUAAAGUUUUUACCAUAGAAGAAGGAAAACCCAAAAAGAGAAGAGGACGGAAAAAAAUAGUGGAUUUAAUGCCCCAACUGCCAGAGAGCAAGUUGCCGCACCAGUGUGACAUCUGUGGCAAGUUCCUAAGCACCAAGAGCAACCUGAAGGCGCACAAGAUCUGCCACACGAACCUCCGGCCUUACAAGUGCGGGGACUGCCCCGCUACAUUCAGAGGGUACAGCGCGCUGUUCCAGCACAAGAAAGUACACACAAGAGAGACCCCAUACCACUGCGAGUACUGCCCUAAACAAUUCAGUCGACGCACGGGGCUCGUCAACCACAUACGGAUGCACACAGGCGAGAAACUGUACAGCUGCGAUGUAUGCUUCAAAAACUUCGUGCAGAGCGCACAGCUCUCCAUCCACAUGAAGAGGCAUAAAGGGGACAAAACAUACCUGUGCCAGGAAUGUGGGAAAGGGUUCCCUAUAAAAGCGGAUUUGAAAGUCCACCAAAGGAUCCACAACGGGGAGAAGCCCUACUCUUGUCACCUUUGCACCAAGACGUUUGCGACCUCUGGCAAUCUCUCAAUACACGUCAGAAUACACAAUAAGGAAGUUAGGUACCGUUGUAAAGAAUGCAACCGCGGCUUCGUGACGUGCAGCUCCUACAACGUGCACCUCAAGCGACACAAGGGCCAGCGGGACUACCACUGCGAGUGCGGCAAAACUUUCUACACAUCCUCCGCUCUGAAACAACACAAGGUAGUCCACACCGGCGAAAAGAAGUACCAAUGCAAGAUAUGCGAUCGUAAGUUCUCACAAACCAGCCAUCUUAGCCGUCACUUUAAGCGAGACCACGCGAAGCCCAACAUGCCUUUACCGUCUUCAGAUCAUUAUAAGUUAGUUAUAAGUAACGAGGAUAAAUCCUUCAUGUUCGACAUGUCGGUGAACGCGAGUCAGGGGGUGAAGUGUGAGGGGUCGUAGUGAUGCUAGAAGUUGUCUUAGGCAAAGAGAAUUAAGAAGACCAAGAGUGCUCACUCCAUACAACAGUUUUGUUACCAAAAAUACUAUUAUUGUCGUAGUCUGCAUCUAGCGUCAAGUAGCGGAACUCUCAGUACUGCUACUCGACAAUAGAUGUCGCGACAAACAAAAAGUCUUAUGCUCAACGAUUUUCCGCUAAUAUUAUGACCAGAGUAAGCGUAGGAGUUGAAAAUAGAGUUCCGGUUACUCUGGUUAUAAUAUUAGCGGAAAAUCGUUGAGCAUUAGACUUUUUGUUUUCCGCGACAUCUAUUGUAGAGUAGCAGUAUUGAGAGUUCCGCUACUUGACGCUAGAUGUAGACUACGAAAAUAAUAGUAUUUUGGUAACAAAACCGUUUUAUGGAAUGAGCACUCUUGGUCUUCUUAAUUCUCUUUGAUUUAGGUUCCGUCCAAUUUGGGUACGGAUCAGUUGGAAUGAGGGUUUACUGGGGACAGCAACUAGCUUGGCCGAAUUUCUCAUGCGAACGGAGUUUUAUUCUCAUUUUAAAACUACGUGUUGGAUUGUAAUGAAACUUUGCACAUACAAUGACGUGAGGUAUAUUUAUGUCUGUAAUUAGUUUAUAUAGCUCCAGCUUAUAAACCUAACGAAAUAGAGCAAAAACAAGUUUUGUAUAAAAAAAUCGAUAACUUUGGUAUCAAAAGCUACAUAAAUUAAUUACAGGCAUAGAUAUACCUUAUCCUAUUUUAUAUACAAAGUUUCAGAGUAAUCUAGCGAGUCGUUUUGCUAAAAAACAGUACGUUAGCGUACUGCUUUCUUUUACACUUGAUAAGCUGUCAUUAGGCGGGUCCACACAGAGCGAGCAUCCGUGCGAGGCAAUUUCGUCGCGUACAAAAUGGCCAGUGUAGACGUGCCUAGGCGGCGCGCUCAGGCGAGGAAAAGGCCGAGGCACAUCUACACUGGCCGUUUUGUGCGCGACGAAAUUGCCUCGCGCGGAUGCUCGCUCUGUGUGGACCCGCCUAAUGCCGAGGAAAAUGCAACAGUAUAACAAUUACACAAUAUCAGCUACCUCAAUUUUAAUCACAGUGAACACAAUGGAGUAGUCUUAUAUAUUCAAUGAAAAUAAUUUCUUUUUUGUAUAUUUUAAGAACAGAUCUGUAUACAAAUCUCUCUUUUUUAUAUUUAUUUUGGAAAUGCGGAUUGUUUUUUGUGUGUCUCGUACAGGUGUACGAUUUACAGGCGUUAGGAUGGGUAGAAUACCAUGUGCAAGUUGCGGAAAGUUUCCAAAAAAUAGGAAAAGUUCUCGGAAAUUUCUUGAAAAUUUCACAGAAAUAUAAGAAAUUUCCAUUUUUGUUUCGGAAACUUUCAUAUCCCAUACAAAAUAAUGAGAAGUUUCCGGAAUUUUCCAAUGUGGAAAAUUUCGCAAUUUUGGAAAGUUUCCUUCGGCACAUUAGUAAUUCCACCUGUCCAAUUUCUUGGUCCAAUAUGCAUUGAGCACUGUCAUUAAGCAAAAUUGUUAGACGCAAAUACACAUUGGACCAAGAAAUUGGACAGGUGGAACACCCUUAAUAAGAUUUGGUCCAACUUUUUGAUUGGUUUUACAUGUUUUAAUCAUCAACGAUUGCUCGAACACGCAUAUAAAAGCGUAUGUAAGUAUGGGGCCAUCGAUUGCUGUGUCAUAUUUAUUUUGGUAUAAUCUUUAAUCUGUAAAGUCCCGUUUUAACUUAUUGUUCCGAACAGUUCUGAGCGAGCAAUCGUUCUUUCGUUCGGCGAAUGGAAACAGUUGCUCCAAUAGUGAAUAGGAAGAGCAAGCAUUUGCUUUAAACAAAAUGUUUGCUCAGAGCACUAACCCCCUUAUUCAUAAACGUCUACUAAAGUUGACAAGCCGCUAAUAAUCGUUUGUCCCUUUCCAUCAUACCAAUAUGUCGGAAAGGGACAAACGAUUAUUAGCGGCUUAUCAACUUUAGUAGACGUUUAUGAAUAAGGGGAAAAGUGAAAACGCAGCUUUAGAUAUACUGAUGGACGAAGGAGCAACAGGACUAAAAAUGUGGAUCAUGUGUUAAUUUUUGACAGUUGAACGAAAUAGCACGGACAAUGAAGGCUCGGAACCGGUUUUAAAAAUAGCGGUAAACACCGGUUUAUUCCGGUUUUACUCCGGACUUUUAUAAAGUUUUAAGAACUUUUUUGUAACCUAAAUAAACCGGUUUAUUCGACGAGCGACGAGACGGCCGUCCGAUCUGGUGGUGUGCCGCGUAAACAAAGACACUGACAUAGGGAGAAACCGGUUUUAUUUUUCUAAACCGGUUAAUCUGAUGAACUUUAUGUGUGUAUGUUCUCCUAAAAACCGGUUUAAAAAUAAAGGUUUUAUGAACGAAACCGAAAUGAAAAGGUUUUGCGCCAAGUACAUGAUAACGGGUUGGAAAUUUAACUGGUAUGUAUGUAUGUAUAAACUCAUUAUUGUACAUAACACAAAACAGAAAUAUGUCACAGGAUAAGCAGUACAAAGGCGAACUUAUCCCUUUAAGGGAUUUCUUCCAGCCGACACUUCACAGGUUUCCGAGCCUUGCGGACAAUAUUAGUUACUUUCCGUCAACCAGCGUGAAUUGGGAUAUUGGGAGUGACAUUUAAAAACUACCCACAAAAAUUGUGUCAAUGCGAAAUCUACUAUUAUUUUCAAUCGCAUAAAUUUAUGUGGAGUUUUUAAGAAAUUAUGAGGUAAAUGUUAUUUCCCAAUUUGUAUCUCUUUUGACCCCGGUUGACGGUACCACGGAACAUUUGGCGUCAUAGAGCGAAAUCUAAGUCAACUGUAAAAAUAAAAAUCACGCCCUCAACUAUUUGCGUCACUUUAUGAUUUUUUUUUGAUUAUUAUUCUUUUGUCUAUUGUUAUAGGAGCGAUUUUGUGUCUAAUUUAUAAAAGUAUAAUUAUUUAUUGAUUGAAUAGUGUUCGUUUGUGAAGUUAAUUAUACCUAGAUUAAGUUACCAGUAAAUAACACUUGUUUUUUUUUAUAACGAAUGUAAAUAAAUCAAUCAACUUGU